CGAGCUCAGUUUGUUCCGAAAAGCCGACGUGAACACACGUGCUCGCUUGUCGCGCUAGUCGAUGUUGGACUUUUGAUUUUCCCAAGCCAGAGUCGCGCGUAGUGAGUUGUGGGCCGCUUUUGUUUGUCUCUUUUUGUGUCCAGCUAUUUGGCAACCGAUGCCAAUAAGCCAAGUUAAGAGCAACGCACAAGAAACAACAAAAAAACACACACAAAGCGCAAUUAAAUGCAAAUGUGUGAAAGUGUAGCGAGUAUUUAGCAAAUAAAAAAAUAAAUAAUAAAAAUCGCAGCUUAAAAGUGCGAACAAGCGCGAACAGAAAAGCUAAACAACAGUGCCAGUGCGUGUUUCUUCAUGGUAGCUAAAUAAAACAGCAUAUUAAUAUUAAUAUUUGCUUAAGAGUUGGAAGCAGCGCUAACCUCACAUUUACUAAAAUACGUAUUAAAAACGUAAAUUACUUAAAAAUACAUUAAAAAUGUUCAACCGGCUGCAGCUGCAUCUGUAGUGGACGGCAGAAUACUACGGAACGGCGGAAAGGAUAAGGCUCUUCCCUCCCUUUUUUUCUUCGCUCAACAAGGACAGUUCCUGAGCAAGACCUUAUACAAAGAAGAAGGACCACAAAAGUUGACCAUCAUGAGUCGACAAAAGGCAGCUUCCGAGCUGGCGAUGCUCCUGCUGAUCCUGCAACUACUCCAUUGGCCAAUAACAGAGGCAUCUUUCGGUCGUGAUGCAUGUAGUGAGAUGAGCAUCCACGGACUUUGUCAAUGCUCACCCAUUAUGUCGGAAUAUGAGAUCACCUGUCCGGCGAAUGUGGAGAAUCCCACCUUCAGACUGACCAUCCAGCCCAAUGAAUACGUCCAGAUGAUAUGCAAUCUGACGGACACCACAGACUAUAGGAAAUUACCAAAUAAUAUGCAGAUCGGAGAGGUUGAUAGGGUUCAGAUGCGACGGUGCAUGUUGCCUGGUCAUUCGCCCAUUGCCAGCAUUCUCGAAUUUCUGGGCAUAAGCUCACCAAAAACGCUGAUCUUCGAGAGCGACAACUUAGGCAUGAACAUAUCACGCAAACAUUUAGACGGAUUGCAUAGUCUCAAGCGAUUUAGGUUCACGACCCGUCGUCUUACCCACAUUCCAGCCAACUUACUAGCUGACAUGCGGAAUCUGAGCCAUCUAGAGCUAAGGGCAAACAUUGAAGAAAUGCCCACAAACUUGUUCGAUAACCUAGAGAACCUGGAGUCCAUCGAAUUUGGCUGCAAUAAGCUGAGGCAAAUGCCACGCGGCAUAUUCGGCAAGAUGCCCAAGUUGAAGCACCUGAAUUUGUGGAGCAAUGAGUUGCACAACCUGACAAAGCACGACUUCGAAGGUGCCACAUCGGUGUUGGGCAUAGAUAUUCAUGAUAAUGGAAUCGAGCAGCUACCGCACGAUGUAUUUGCCCAUCUCACUAGUCUCACGGAUAUCAACCUCAGCGCCAAUCUCUUCCGUUCACUGCCAGAGGGUCUUUUUGAGCACAACAAACACCUAAACGAGGUGCGGAUAAUGAACAAUCGUGUGCCCCUUGCCACACUCCCUCCUCGCCUAUUUGCCAAUCAGCCGGAACUUAAAGUUUUACGCCUUAGAGCUGAACUGGAAUCAUUGCCGGGUGAUCUCUUCGAACAUUCCACACAGAUCACCAAUAUUUCGCUAGAGAAUAACUUACUAAGCACUCUGCCCGCCAAUUUGCUGAAACAUCAGGUUAAUCUUUUGAGCCUAGACUUAAGCAAGAACAAGCUGACACAUCUACCGGAUUCAUUUUUCGAACAUACCAAGAAUCUGACAGAUCUGAAUCUGGAGGAUAAUCUGCUCACCGAGAUUAAGAGCGAUUUGUUUAGCCGCCUGGGUAAACUAGUGACCCUUACCAUGAGCAGAAAUCGUAUACGCACCAUCGACGACACAGCCUUUGUUGGCACUUCUGGACUGCGGCAUCUUCAUUUGGAUCACAAUGUUAUAGACUUGGAACAACCUUUGCUGGCUAACGGUUACAAGAUUGAUCGCUACUCCCCAUUCUCUUACAUGACCGGUCUAGUGACCCUCAAUCUGCGCAACAACUCGAUCAUAUUCGUCUACCAUGACUGGAUGUUUGUGCUGACCCAGCUGAGGGAUCUGGACUUGAGUUACAAUAAUAUAAGCUGGUUGGGCUACAAGGAUAUGCAAUUCCUGUCUAGGAAUAGAGUGCACGUCAACAUGACGCAUAACAAAAUAAGAAGAAUCGACCUGCCCGAGAACGUAGAUUUGGGAAAGGACGCAAGUACGAGUCUGGUUCAUAUUGAUCUCAACGAUAAUCCGCUGGUCUGCGACUGUUUGAUCGUCUGGUUUGUCCAGGUAAUAAGGGGAAGCCAUAUGCCAGAAUACGCCAAGAACUUAAAGUUGCGCACAGACCGACUGACUUGCAGCUCGCCAAACGAUUUAAUGGGCGUUUCCGUCCGACAGUUGAAACCGCAGCAGUUGAUCUGUCCCAUGGACACCUCGGAGGAUCCACGGGAAAGAAAGUGUCCAAUUGGCUGUACGUGCUGGGUUCGAACCUUCGACAAGGCACAGGUAGUAAAGUGCAACAGUGGCAACCUAACCCAUGUUCCUCGAUUGCCCAAACUGUAUCCGAAUAUGAGCUUAAUGGAGCUUCACCUGGAGAACAACACUCUGCUCAGGCUGCCUUCUGCCCAUACGCCUGGUUAUGAGAAUGUAACUAGUCUGCAUCUUGCUGGCAAUAAUCUUACCCACAUAGAUGUGGAGCAACUGCCUCCGAACCUCAUGCAUCUGGAUGUUAGCCAGAAUCAACUGCAAACGCUUAACGCCACUGUGCUGGGCUUCCUCAAUCGCACCAUGAAAUGGCGAUCGAUAAGGUUGUCUGGAAAUCCGUGGAUGUGUGACUGUACCGCCAAGUCUCUGCUUCUGUUUACCCAGGAUAACUUUGAGCGUAUAGCGGAUCGCAAUGAAAUGAUGUGCAUGAACGCCGAGAUGCCCACCCAAAUGGCGGAACUGUCGACAAAUGACAUUUGCCCCGAGGAGAGAGGUGUAUUCAUAGCCCUGGCAGUGGUGAUUUCUUUGGCUGGUCUUUUGGCUGGUUUCACGGCGGCUUUGUACUACAAAUACCAGACAGAGAUCAAGAUCUGGUUGUAUGCUCACGAAUGGCUCCUGUGGCUUGUCACGGAGGAGGAUCUGGAUAAGGAUAAAAAGUUCGACGCCUUUAUCUCGUACUCGCACAAGGAUCAGAGCUUCAUUGAGGACUAUUUGGUGCCACAAUUGGAGCAUGGUCCUCAGAAAUUCCAGCUCUGUGUGCAUGAACGUGACUGGCUGGUCGGUGGACACAUUCCGGAGAAUAUCAUGCGUUCUGUGGCGGAUUCAAGACGUACCAUCAUUGUGCUUAGCCAGAACUUCAUCAAAUCGGAAUGGGCACGUCUGGAAUUCAGGGCGGCACAUAGAUCGGCACUGAACGAGGGACGAUCCCGAAUUAUUGUGAUCAUCUACUCAGAUAUCGGUGAUGUGGAGAAGCUGGACGAAGAGCUGAAGGCCUAUCUGAAGAUGAACACCUACCUGAAGUGGGGUGAUCCGUGGUUCUGGGAUAAGCUGCGAUUCGCGCUGCCCCACCGCAGACGUGUCGGAAAUAUUGGCAAUGGUGCCCUGAUUAAGACAGCACUGAAAGGUUCCACGGACGACAAGUUGGAGCUUAUAAAACCGUCACCGGUGACACCGCCGCUGACAACGCCACCCGCAGAAGCCACCAAGAAUCCGCUGGUGGCGCAGCUAAAUGGCGUUACCCCGCAUCCGGCCAUAAUGAUUGCCAAUGGCAAGAACGGACUGACAAAUCUGUACACACCUAAUGGCAAGUCGCACGGUAAUGGCCACAUCAACGGCGCCUUCAUCAUCAACACAAACGCCAAACAGAGCGACGUAUAGGACUGGGAGAAGGCGGAGCUAUUCCAGUUCGAUCCCGACGAUGAGCUAUUGUUCCGUUAAAGAGAAAGAAGCCCCCGUAAACCACUGCCACUGAGUAACUAGGUGGUGAAAGCACCCAGCUGAAUGUAAAAAGUCUAGAGAAUAUUAUCGAUUUCCUCGUGUUUGGUCAAGUUAGAAACGUCCCUUCCUAGGUUUAAUUAUCUUGCGCUUGUAGGAGCUCUAAGGAAAAGUUAAUGAAAAUUUCAAAUUUCAAUAUUUCAUGUGGCCUUUGUUGAAGAAAAAAUGAAAAAGAAAAUAUUAGUUCGAGGAUGGACGGAAAGGAACACACAAGCUAGUUUUACCACAUCACUCUGUUUUAAGUGUUAUAUGUAAGCUUAGCCUAGAUCCUGUGCAGACUCUUGUAGACAUAAAAAUCUCAUUUAUUUAGUAAUUAUUUGUACAUUAAGAUUACUUUAGGCUGCCGCAUGCAAAACUGAGAGUAGCUCAAAAUGCUAAAACAACCUUUGAAAUGACCACUUUUAUUUAUAUUUUUUUUACCUUUGAAUGGAAUCUCAAAUCAAUAUUGGGAAUCUGAAUUUUGAACACAUCGAGCUUUAUUUCGAACUACCAACUACUUAUUAUUUGUUAAAACUCAAUCUACCUACCACUAAGUAAAAAAAACCACUUGCAAUACACAUAUGACGUAUCCAAAUAGUAGUUUAGACUCUGUAAGUGUGAACAAACAUAGCAAAAUCAGACGAAAUGAAAAACAAAUUGCCUUCUUUGUAUGUAUAUGUAUGUAUGCUAGAUAUGUAGAACCCAAGGAUUCAUAUUCGAUUGCAUAACAACACCGACACCCUGCCCCCGCCCACUCUGUACAUAAGCUGAAUAAGAAUUUCUGUACUUUUCCGAAACGAGAACGUAACGCACCAGAUUUCCUACUCACAACUAACACGAAUAUCAAUUGUAAUCUCACGCCCAUUUAAAUGACGCUAUAUAAAUAAGUACAUAAGAAGCGAUUACAUAAUUCAACCGACUACACACACACACAUUAUCACAUGUCAUUUACCAAAACAAUUAGGUUAGCGCCUCCUCACUCAUAUGAAAACAGAAUAUAUCGUCUAUGAUACGUAAAUGUAAUUAAGCUAAAGUAUGUGUAUAUCGUCUAAGCUAUAGAUUAUCUCUGAUAUGUAAUACCUAAGGUACCUACAAAUUUAUGCAGACACACUCAUCUACUCUGUAAUGCAUAUAUAUGAGUAAAUUAAAUCUAAUUGUAUAUGGAAAACACAUACAACGCAAAUAAAAUAUAUUUUAAAAAUUUA